AUGCACAGUACUACUAUUUUCCUUCAUGUAACAUUAUGCUGUACUCAACGAAAAAUCGGUUUCUAUUUUCGUGUUCUUCAUUCCUUUCAAACUACCACAAUCUAUUUUCCAUCUAUCUGUCUGUCUAUCUAUUACAAUCUGUUUUCUAUCUAUCUAUCUAUCUAUCUAUCUAUCUAUCUUAGUAUAAUAUCUAUCUAUCUAUCUAUCUAUCACAAUCUGAUAUUACAAUCUGGUUUUCAUCUAUGUACAAAUCACAAUCUGGCUUCUAUCUAUCUAUCUAUCUAUCUAUCUAUCUAUCUUAGUAUAAUAUCUAUCUAUCUAUCUAUCUAUCACAAUCUGCUAUCACAAUUUAAUCUACUAAUCACAAUCUGGCUUCUAUCUAUCUAUCUAUCUAUCUAUCUAUCUAUAUAUAUAUAUAUUGAUAUCUAUCUAGUUCAGACUAUCACAUUCUAUUUUCCAUCUAUCUGUCUAUCUUUCUAUCUAUCACAAUCUGUUUUCCAUUUAUCAAUCUAUCUUUCUAUCACAAUCUGUUUUCCAUUUAUCAAUCUAUCUUUCUAUCACAAUCUGUUUUCCAUAUAUCUAUCUAUCUAUCUAUCUAUCUAUCUAUCUAUCUAUCUAUCUAUCACAAUCUAUUUUCCAUUUAUCAAUCUAUCUUUUUCUAUCUAUCUAUCACAAUCUGUUUUCCAUAUAUCUAUCUAUCUAUCUUUCUAUCUAUCACAAUCUGGUUUCCAUCUAUCUAUCUUUCUAUCUGACAAUCUGGUUUCCAUCUAUCAUAAUCUGCUUUCCAUCUAUCUAUGUAUCACAAUCUGGUUUCAUAUCUAUCUAUCUAUCUAUUUACUAUCACAAUCUUGUUUCCCUUUAUCUAUCUAUCACAAUAUGGUUUUCAUCUAUCUUUCUACCAAUCACAAUCUGGCAUCUACCUAUCUAUCUAUGUAUCUAGUUCAGACUUUUCAUAUCUAUGUAGGUAUUUAA